AUGAAGUUGUCCUCUGUAGUCGUUGCUGCUGCCGUUUCUGCUACCGCAUUGGCUGCUAAAGACGAGCCCGUCACCGUCACCACCACCUUCUACGGCUCCACCGAUACCCACAGAUAUGGCCGUUUCGACAAAACCACCCCAGCUUCCACCCCAUCAAGCUCCGGUACCCACAAGUACGGUAAGUUCGACAAGACCAAGCCUGAGUCCACCUCGUCGGAGACUGGAACUCACAAGUACGGUAAGUUCGACAAGACCAAGAACCCUGUCACCACUACUGUGUUCGUCACUGGUCCUAGCGGUGUGAACUUCGCUGUGGCCAACGGCACCAACGGUAGUGCCGGUGGCAAGAACGGCACUUCUGGAGGCAAGAACGGUUCCAACGGCUCCUCGUCGUCUACUGACAACGGUGCUGCUGCUGUGGGCUCAGGCGCCAUGAUGGGCUUUGCCGGAGCUGUUGCUGCCGGUCUCUUGUUGAUUUAA